GGCCGUGGGCUCUGGCAGGUGAAGCCCUUAAAGGGCCCGCGGCCCCUCUGCCGCUCGGGAGGUAUCGGACUCUGAGCCGACCGGCGGGGAGCUGGGAUCCAUUCUAUGUGACGGAAUGUCCCAACUGUACAACAUGGCAGGAGCCCUGGGGGCUGAAGAAUGACACUUUCCUGCAUUGGUCUCAGUAAAAUCUGCUUCCUGCUGUCUGUGACCUUCUGUGCUUUCCUUCUCUUGCUAAUCCCCAAAUUCCAGACUACCUGGAGACACAGGGGCUAUCCACAACCCCGUCCACCACCUCCUUUUAAUGCUUCCUGCAAAAGUGAGUUCCACCACCCGCAGGCAGAGCCCAGCUCAACAGGCCAUUUGGACAGUGAAGAAACUGAUAUUACACACAGUGUGAAAGAUGAAACUGUAGAAAAAUGGGGGGAUUACAGCCUACGGGCUGGGGGAUCCAGCCUGAAACUUGAGGAGCAGGAUUGGAGCCCCACCAGUCCUCUUCAAACUAUGUUGAAGGACCACCGUGGACCUGCAGAUGAUUUCAUUAAGGAGAAUCUGGAGCUGCAGGAUAUUUUUAUUGCUGUGAAAACUACAAGAAAGUAUCAUAAAAGUAGGCUGGACUUGCUCUUCGAAACCUGGAUUUCGCAGGCCAAAAGACAGACGUUUAUAUUCACAGAUUGGGAAGACCAUGAACUGCGCCUAAGAGCAGGAGAUCACAUGAUCAACACCAACUGCUCUGCUGUUCACACCCGCCAGGCACUCUGCUGCAAGAUGUCUGUGGAAUACGAUAAAUUCCUCGAAUCUGGGAGAAAAUGGUUUUGCCAUGUGGAUGAUGACAACUAUGUGAAUCCACAGAAUCUCCUGCGCCUCUUGUCUGCCUUCUCACAUAGCCAGGAUGUAUAUGUGGGGAGGCCAAGCCUGGACCACCCCAUUGAGGCAGCUGACCAUGUCCGGAAUGAUGAAUCAACAACCGUGAAGUUCUGGUUUGCCACAGGUGGAGCAGGGUUCUGUAUCAGCAGAGGCCUUGCCCUGAAGAUGAGUCCCUGGGCCAGCUUGGGUAACUUCAUCAGCACUGCAGAGAGGGUGCGUCUUCCUGAUGACUGCACCAUUGGUUACAUCAUCGAGGGGAUGCUGGAGGUGAAGCUGCUGCACAGCCCCUUGUUCCAUUCCCAUCUGGAAAAUCUACAGAGACUACGAGGCGAGUCAGUGCUGCAGCAGGUCACCCUGAGUUAUGGGGGCCCUGAGAACAAACAUAAUGUUGUGAGUGUGGCAGGAGUGUUUGGCUUGCAGCAAGAUCCAACCCGAUUCAGAUCUGUCCAUUGUCUUCUCUAUCCUGACACUACCUGGUGUCCCACUAAAAAUAUACUGUGACCUCAGACCUAACCUUGACAAUUGGUAUCUUACCUGCACAAGAUUGGACAGGGUGCUUUUCUUGGAGAUGAACAAGAAAAAUCUACAAAAGUAAGAUCCCCGAUCACUUCAUUCCCAUGGCAGGAGUGUGAGGCCUCAUCAGCUGCUGUCUUGAAACAUCCCAAGGAAGAAACUCUCCUUCGCUUUGCACUCUGGUCUUCCAGCAAUUCAUAUGUCUUUAAGGUUAAGCAUAGGCCCCCUCCUACUUCCUGUCUGGUUUUAUCCAUGCUUUGCUAGUUGAAAGCUCUGUGGCUAUCACAGUUUGUACCUAAAAAAUACAGAGUGGAAUGCAGUGCCUGGAAUCAUAGCACUGGAACUAGUGUUCUGAAUAGGGCUUCUAGAGAGCAGUCCUCCUGCUGCUGAGAUUCCAGGGCAGAGUGCAGAGCCCAUGGUGGGGAGGGAGGGAUUUUUAAUUUGGCUCCCUUGGAAGCAGAAUGAUUCAAGAACUUCUCUAGUUUAUUUUUUCUUGUCCCAAUGUCUGAGCUGUGCGGGAAUCUAGCUGAAACAUCUGCACUUCCAGUGAGGCAUAGAUGUGUUAACCAAGAACAAAUUAUGCCAGUCUGCCCUGCAUGACAGGCUGAGGACCACAUCUCCUUUAGCUCCUUCUGGUCACCUGAGUCUGGUUUCCAUGAGGGUGGCACACUUGACUCUCUUUCUGGUUGAAAGAUGGUGGUGAUUUUCCAUGAUGGGCUGCAGAUCCAAAGGUGCUUGGUCUUGGCUCAUACUAUUUCCUGGCAGUUUGAUACUGAGAGAGAUGUCUGUGGGAAUGCUAUUAGGUCCCUCCUCCCAGUGUAAUCCACAGCAUGGUCCCUGGUUGGCAUCUGAUCCUGGGUUGCUAAAACAGCCUGCAGCCUCCUUCCUGCUUCUGUAGUCUUGUUGCAUCCCAAAGCCUAUGUGGGAGGAGAAACCUGGGUUAGCUGCAGUGCCCUGAGGUGUUGUCAUUUAGGACCUUUGACAGGACUGGUGUGACCACCCAGGCCAGCUACAUAAAUGGACCUUUGAGCUUCAGGCCUGGGGAAGAUCUAUGUUCACUUUUCCUCUGCAAGCUAGCGAGGAAGAGAUGCUCCAGAAGAAAGGCUUGCACACUCCCUCCAAGUGAGGGGCUCAGCCUGUUGUCUGCAGAGCUUCUGCUGUAGGAUUUGCGAGUGCUCUGUAAAGGAAAAGGAGUUUGGUUUUCACGUGGGAAAAGAAGGAAUUCCAAAAGUCUCUUGUUUUUCUCUUAGUCCACACUGAGGCUUGCACACUCCAUUGCUGGCAUGGUUAGGAAGAGCAGUGUCUAGAUCUUCACUGGUUCCUGGUCCUAAUGACUAACACUGAAAUGGGGGGAAAGCAGCAGAAUUACAUAUUGGCAAGUUGUAAUUCCAAGCACUGUGACCUGAGCAUGAAGCUGUCGGGAAGGAACUCUUAGUUUCUAAUUCUGUCUCUGCCACCAAUGCACUGUGAGGCCGUGGGUGAGUCAUGUGACCUCUCCCAUUUGUAAAGUGGGUAGAGUAUAUAGGCACACCUCUAAGGUAUGCAGUCAUGAGGCUUCAUGGAGUUGUGUAAUUCUUUCUGAAGAGGAUUAUUCCCAUUGCUCUCUAACAAAGACCCUUUAGGGUUUAGCCAUGCAUAUUUUGCUGCUUUCUAAAGAGACUUCUUUGCCCUCCUUCAUGCUUCCUGAUGUGGCACUAACUCCAUUCUUUGGCCAAGAGGCCAGACUGGGAACAUCAGUGGUCCAUCUAGCCCAGGCUCCUUUCUCAGACAGUGGCCAGAACCAAAUGCUACAGAAGAUGCCGUAAGAACCCUGAAGUAGGCAUAUGUGGAAUAACCUGUCUGCACCUUAGGUGUCCUACUGAUCCCUUAAGCCUGAAGUCUAAUAUCCCUUCCAAAAAUGUUGUCAUUAAUUACAACUGGAUAUUCUUGAUAGCCAUAUAAAUAUCCAGUCCUUUUUGAAUCUUAAGUACUUGGCCUCAACGCCUGUCUUCCUGUGGCAAAGAAUUCCAUAAAUUAAUGAGUCAUUAAUGGGACUCUGUGCCUCUGAACACUGAUUAACUGCUUCUUUACUGCAGCGUCUGUUCCUGGUCCAUGGACUGCCCUGGAAUUGCAUCUUGCCAGAUAUGCAUGUGACAGAUCAGUUAAGACUAAGGCCUGAUCCUACUACUAUUCAAGUCAAUGGCAAAACUCAUACUGAUUUCAGUAGCACCAGGACAGAGUCUUAAAAGUUUGGUCCAGUACUCUUCCUAAUUCCCAGGGCUGAGCAUGCUACCUCUUUGGCAUGCCCAUAACUGAAAGGCCUAUAGGCUGGGCUUGGAAAAGAAAUGCAUGCCUCCCGUAUGGCAGUGCAGAGCACUGGCCUUUAACAAGCCCUUGUUUGGGCUCCUUUUAAGGUUUUUCAUAAAUGUUCCUAAUAUGGUAGCCGCUGCUGCCAUAAGAUGGGAGUGUUCCAGGCAAACUGGUGUUUCUCAUCUAAAGUGUUUUCUUUUAAUUAAAUAAAUAUUUAAAGGUGG